CUGUAGGCAACAGGGAGGGACUAGCACCUUCCUUUGUUUUCGGCAGCAAGGAAGGAUUAGGAGGGUUUUAGCGUUUUUGGCCUUCUCUUCUCUCUGCCUCUCUCCUAUCCGCUGUAGACGACGACGCCCCUGUUGCUGCCGCCACAGUCCUCCGCAAAACCCAGUCAACACCGCCGUCUUCAGCCCCUUUAUCUUCCACCAUCCGCCACCAGAGAGUGCUGCGAAGAUGACUUCUGUUUCGGGAUUGACUGGUAGUCCCUCCAGAUUCUGCUUCCAAAUUCCAGCACGAAGUUCUGGUUCACUACGAGGGCGAGUUUCGAAUUUCCCUCAUGGUUGGAAGCCUGCAGGAAAGAAUGAGCUACUUCGUGUGGAAAGAAGUUAUUGGACUGGCUUUGCACAAAGGUUGAACGCACGGAAAACACAUCUGAUCAAGUUUGCCGUGGAUGCAUCCUACGGCGAUAUGUCCAAUGAACCAACUGCUAUUUUCCCUAGGAUUAAUGUGAGGGACCCCUACAAACGACUUGGAAUAAGCAGGGAGGCUUCGGAAGAUGAGAUUCAAGGUGCAAGGAACUUCCUUAUCCGACAAUAUGCAGGUCACAAACCAAGUGUAGAUGCAAUUGAAUCAGCCCAUGACAAAAUAAUCAUGCAGAAGUUCUAUGACAGGAAGAACCCCAAAAUUGACUUUAAGAAAAAGUACAGGGAAGUCAAUCAGUCCCGUGUUGUUCAGGCUGUGAGAAAUAGGUUCCGAACUCCGUCCACAAUUUUCAUUGUAAAAACGUCCAUUGCAUUUCUAGUGCUUGCAGCUCUCACUGUUCUAUUUCCAACCGAAGAAGGUCCAACCCUUCAGGUUGCCCUUUCCUUGUUGGCCACCAUCUACUUUGUACAUGACAGGCUGAAGAGCAAAUUACGAGCUUUUCUCUACAGUGCUGGAUCAUUUGCUUUCUCAUGGCUUUUCGGAACCUUCUUGAUGGUCUGUGGUUCCACCUCUACUGAAAGGACCAAGGAGUUUCGAGGUGACAACGUCAUUGAUAACCUAUGUGCUACUCUGGGUCUCGUCAACCUAUCUCAAGUAGUUUCUGUUCUAACGACACACCUCAAUUUUGUUGGAGUUGGAAACCGCAGAUUUUCUCGGAGAUUUAGCUCAUGCGCGGACUUUUCCGCUAUAGUGACGGUGCUGAUGACGAUGCUGAUAAUUCUGGCAAAAUGUAGAAGAGAUUUGUUUUCUGUCAUUUGGAGAACCAUGUGUGUUUUCUCUUUUUAUUUAGGUGGCAUCCCAAUUUAAUCUAAAUUAUUUGGAGAAGAGUUCAAAUUUGGGUGCAAAAAAGAGGACGCAUACUGUUCUAAUUAACUUGGCUAUAAUUAGAUUUGCAUGACGUGAUAACGUA